AUGGCAGUCUCGGUUCGCCGCCGUUGCACGAGAUAAAUCAUUAGCUGCUGCGACAACGUAAACAGGAAGACGUAGUCGGCCGGACAUGUCAUCGAGCGAAUAUUCAGAAGGCGACAGCCUAAGCCGCAGCGACGAGUCCCUGUCGGCAGAAGACGAUGGCGAGGAUAUCAUGUACCAGCUGUCCGUGUUCUGGCCCUACCCAAAGGGCCCUGACGCUUCGCUGAGAAAGGGCCCCAGCCUCGCAAACCUCUCAAAACGGACUGUGCUCUGCAAGGGCCCGAACCCGCAGAACCGGCGCGGACCAGAUCCAUCACUGCACAAUGGGCCUGAUCCCAAGAACCACAGUGGCAUCAAGUGGCGGGCUGACUGCCCCGGCUGGAAGGGCCCCAAGGCAGACGCCAUGCUUUUGCUGGCAAAGCCCAAGAGGCGCCGCAGGAGGGGUGCCAAACACGUGGCCACGCCUUCCGUUGCGGGAGAGCGCGCCGACGAGGACGAGUCCGACAGCGGCCGUGCCAACCGCACGCCGCCUGUCAGAGUGCACCGCAAGGAGUCGGAGGUGUGACUCGCGCCUCGGCUGAAUGAUCAUUGCUGCCAUCUCUGCUGCUGCUGCUGCUUGCACGCUGCUUCACCUUCACUGAUGCCACACCUAGGAGCUUGCUAGGAGUUACACCUGGCAUCGUAGGAAAUACAGAGAAUUGAUGGUCCCGUCAAUAAGGGGACAACAGCGCCCGAAUCUGGCACCCGAACAACGGUACUAUUUGCACGUGAGAAUCAUUUAUAAGAACGGGCGCUGGCCAAUAAUGACUGCGAACGAGGUGGCAUACCGAAGGUGCCAGCCAAUGGCAAACAUUUCUUGCUAACGGAAACAGCUGAGAACCAGACUGACCCCAGGUCCGCAAAAAAAAGAAAUAUAUAUUGGAAGAAUGUACAGAAAAGCAGUUUGUAAAAAUGGGUGCGAAAAGCUUUGUAAUUAUGGUACCUGAAGAGAGACUCUCAAGUCAUACAUCCAAAGUGUACAGUGUGUCGGUGGUACCGUAUUUAUUCGAAUCUAGGCCGAUAGUUUUUUUCAAAUAAUCACAUACGAAACUCUAGGGUCGGCUUAGAUUCGAGGAUUUUAAAAAACGCGCCAGUUUUUAACUGAAACUGAUAAAUAUGGUGCAUAGUUA